AUGAAGGACUGCGAGUACCGGCAGAUCCCGCCCGGGGCGGCGGCGGCGGCUCCGGGCCCGGGCACAGCCGCCUCGCCGCCCCCGCCGCCCGCCGUCCCCCCGCGGCCGCGGCGGCCCCGCAGGAAGUGGGAGGUGUUCCCGGGCCGCAACCGCUUCUUCUGCGGCGGCCGCCUCAUGCUGGCGCGGCACAGCGGCGUCUUCGUCCUCACCCUCGGCCUCAUCCUGGUCACCAGCGGCCUCUUCUUCGCCUUCGACUGCCCAUUCCUUGCCACUCACCUGACCUUGGCCAUCCCCAUCAUUGCCGCCGUCCUCUUCUUCUUUGUCAUCAGCUGCCUGCUCCAGACAAGCUUCAGAGACCCAGGAAUCCUGCCCAGAGCCACCCCAAGUGAGGCAGCAGACCUGGAAAAACGGAUUGACAGCAUGGGGACCUCCACGUACCGCCCUCCCGCCCGCACCAUGGAGGUGGUGAUCAACAAGUACGUGGUGAAGCUCAAGUACUGCUACACCUGCAAGAUGUUCCGCCCCCCGCGCACCUCCCACUGCAGCGUCUGCGACAACUGCGUCGAGAGAUUCGAUCACCACUGCCCCUGGGUGGGGAACUGUGUGGGGAAGCGCAACUAUCGCUUCUUCUACGCCUUCAUCCUCUCCCUCUCCUUCCUGACCGCCUUCAUCUUCGCCUGCGUCGUCACCCACCUCACCCUGCGUUCUCAAAGGGAUGGAUUCCUGGCCACUCUGAAGACGACACCCGCAAGCGUGCUGGAGCUGGUGAUCUGUUUUUUCUCAGUCUGGUCUAUUUUGGGCCUCUCAGGUUUUCACACUUAUUUAGUCGCCUCCAACCUGACAACAAAUGAAGAUAUCAAAGGGUCCUGGUCAAAUAAGAGGGGCUCGGAGUUUGCCAAUCCCUACAGCCAUAAAAGUAUCCUCACAAACUGCUGUGCAGUGCUGUGUGGACCAUUCCAUCCCAGUUUGAUAGACAGAAGAGGAUUUAUCCAGCCAGAUAACGGGAGCCCGUCCAGCCCUAAGAGCGAAAUCCCUUCCUUUGGAGCCAAAACUGACACCAGCAUGGUAGGAGGCCUUCCCUAGCAGUGCUGUGAUGUUCCCAGUGCCUGCUGUGCCUGCACCUUGCUCCAGCCAGUACUUUCCCCUCUCACCACCUCCCCAGCCUCAGGCAGGACAGCCCUGUGACCCAGAGCUGCCAAAGACUCACUCGAGCCAUACGUUGCCUUUCUUUUUUUUUUACAUUUAUUUAUUAUUUUUUUUGUUUGUUUAUUUGUUUCACUGUGAUGUGGCCUGUCGGGACUUUUUGGCUGGCAGAGCCUGACAGCUUGUGGGACUCUGGGACUCGUGCCAAAAGCAGGGGUCCCUGCUGCACCCGGGGAGCCCCCAGACCUCUGAGCCCCCAGCGUCUGCUCCGGCGGAUCGCUGUGAUUCCUGCCGGGAGUCGUGAGGUGGGCCAAGGGUGGGAGGUGGGGACUGGCAAAUGGUUUCCCCUCUGGGCUGGAGGAGGUAUGAGCUCCCUGGUAUCCCUGGUGUAUCCACGAACACAUCCUGCUCCCCUGUGCCGACGUGGAAGGGCUGUUCUGUCCCUUCACAGCCGGGGUCUCACCGCGGCCGCUGCCGGAGUGGCUUUCCUUGUCCAGAGGCUGCUGUGCCGUGGUAAGUUGGGCUGUUCAGCUGGGAGGACUCUGGCUCCCAGCAGACCUGGGAGUUAGUGAAGAUGUCCUGGUGCUGCUGAUCCUGUUUUCUGGCUGGUUGCUGAGGGAGGGGCUGAAGGACACUGUUUUGGCCCUGCCGGUUGGUCAGACACGUUUUGCAGCAACAUGAGUUUGGGGGACCCUCCUUUAACAGGGAAGAAGAAGCACUCUGUGCUCUGUGACUCCCCUCGUGACAUGCUGGUUGGCAAGUCUACAGCUGUCAGAUUUGGGAACUGUAGCCUGCCAGGAUUAUGUCCUGUCUGUAAGAGACCAAGAGUCAACAGAAAAGUGUGAAUUCCUGAGGGUUCCGCCCUUUCUGGGUGGAGUUUUCCAGAGGAAGCAGUGAGAGGGUCUGAUAACCUCAUGAUCUGCUCUUGGUUUGGGUUUCUGGACAGCAGAGUGUCCCCAGGGCUGUUCCCAGCAGCUUGGGAGUGAUUCCAGCUGCCUGGGCUCAUCCAUGAAGGGAUGUCCCCAGCCCCUGGGGAGCAGUUCCAGCUG